AUGCUCUCGGGCAAAGAAGAUGCCCAAAGUCCAAUUGGACGGGAGAUCAGCGUUGAACCGCCAGACGAUGAUCAUGGAGAACGGGAGGACCUGGGGUCAGGCCACGUCCAAUGUUCGAUCUGCAGCAGCACGUUCCGACGACCUGAACAUUUGAAGCGACAUCUGCGCAGUCACACCAAGGAGAAACCUUUUGAGUGCGCCCAGUGCGGCCGUCACUUUUCAAGGACUGAUACUCUUCAUCGACACGAACUGAGCCAUCAUACACCAGGGAGCGAAGGUGGAAAAGAUCGCGCGCACCGGAUCACCGUCAAAACGUUCCGAGCAUGCUUUAGUUGCGCCACGGCAAGAAGGCGAUCCAAAGCGAAAGCCAUGAAAGAAUCAGACAUGCAGAAAGCCGAAACAACCAAUAACGACAGCCACAGGUCUGCACGGCCAAAGUUGAAAUCUUCUUCUCACAUGAGCCAGUUCUCGAUCAACCCUCCCAAUGAAGGGCUAUUGUCCAAGACCCCGAUCAACGCAUUUUCUACUCCCACAAGUGAUCAAACAAAAGAAAUACCCCAAAACACGCAGAACACCAUCACAGCUGCCUCGAGCUCUCGUUUUUAUCUGCCAAAUGCAGCGCAAGGGUCAUCUACAGGACAGCUUCCAAUGGACGUAUACCCAGAUGGAGAUCAAAGCCAGACAUAUGGAGAUUUAUCGAAUCCUGGCCUCCCGAAACGAUUCCCGGUCAACCAACCCACCAACCUAAAUCCUGAGAUGGGGCGUCUUCAACCGGAAAUGACCAGUGAAGCAGUUGACAUUGAGAUGGCCAUGGCACAUAACACCGAGGUAUCGUUGGAGUUUGAUCCUACGUUAUUCGACCAGUCCAUGCUUUCUACCCUCAAUUGGCUGCCCAAUGAAUUGCUUCCCGGUCCACCUGACCAGCCACAGUCCACUGGUGUUUCCUCCCAAUACAAUACAUCCCUCGGCCAGGGCGCCUACUACUCUGGGGCCAUGUGGCAGCCACCGGUUGUCAGCGCUGGACAGAUUAGCCCUUUGCGCCCAGGAAAUGUGUCUCAGUCUCCCUCUGUGCAUGUUUCCCUGGGAACAAACAUGGAAAGUCCCAAUCAAUAUUCCCAUCCGAUGAGCGAGUCCUCCCCACAUACUGAGUCAGUAGACUCUGCCAAGCGAUCAGCAGAUUACUACGUCGAUGGCGCUGGAGCCAGACUACCGAAGUAUAGAAAAAAACACACGCCUUGGUCGAACUCUUCUGUGGAGCCAAUCGAUAUUGGAAGACAGCUACUGCUAGAAGAUAGCGAGCAUCGAUUCAAUUUCCCUGCCAUCUCUGAGAUAAGAACAGAUCAAGUAUCAGAAGACGUGGCACAUCUCGCCCAACGAAUCGGAGCCUCUACCUACGACGAGAUAUAUCGACAUUUCAUUUUACUCUGCCGCAACGAAAACCCGCUCUUUGAUACCUUCGAGACGGAUGGCUUUCCUACUGCAGAGGAAUGCAACUGGUUCAUCGCCUUCUUCUUUGAUUCUUUCCAGGCGGUUUACCCGAUACUACAUCUUCCGACUUUCGAUCCUAACACAUGCCACUGGCUUUUGACAUUGUCGAUAGUGGCAGUAGGCUGCCAUGUUUCACAUAUCUCACAGAUGGAACAAUGUACAAGUGGUUUCCAUGAAUUAAUCAGGCGCGGCAUUUAUGUCGAGAAGGAAAAGAGUCGCCAUGGUUUGGCUUCUCUCGAACUUUUGCAAGCUAUGCUUUUCAAUUGCAUUGGACUACUUCACAGUAGAUAUGAGAGAGACAACAUCUCAGCUUUGAGCGCAUUUGGUGACUUGGUGACACUCAUGAAACGAGAUGGGCUAUUGGAGCCGAUUCCAGUAAACUUCAGCGGUGCAUCACAAGAAGUAGCUUGGAUGUCUUGGAUUCAAGAUGAAGUCAGAAGGCGCACUGGUUACUGCAUAUGGCUGGUGGAUUGUACGCUCGCUUACUACUUUGACGAUCGACCACACUUAUCCCUAGAUGAUGGACAAGCCGCCUUACCUGCCCAGGAGAAACUAUGGCAAGCAACAUCCGCGGAGGCAUGGAAGCAACUAUGGGAAAACUCAUCCAGUACCUUCAAUACAGACCCUACAGCCGACCACAGUCUAACUCCUCCAGUGAACGAAUCCCUCUACGACGCCGUCCACAUCCUCUACAUCGAAAAGCGCCUAGUAUCCGGAAUAGGAGAAUUCAGCCACAUCCUCCUAAUCCAUGCCCUUUACCAUAGAAUGUGGGAAGUCGGAGACUAUUUCCGACGCCCCCUCUCCUUCUGGAACCCAACAGCAAAAAAGCAGUCCCGCGAAACCGCCAUCCCAACAGGCUCAGUCUGGCUCCCGGGAAUCCCCUCCUACUCCAAAUGGCGCAACAGCGCCUGCGACUGCCUCGACAUCCUCCACUGGACCGCCAACAGCACAAUAGCCAAAGCAGAGGGCCUAGAACACGCAACCGUCCUGCACCUCCACUCCGCCCGCCUCUUCCUCCUAGCCCCAUUCCGCGAAAUGCGCACCCUAGCCCUCUCCCUCGCCACCGAAAAACUCCGCUGGAGCAAACGACACCAGUCCCUCGAGUGGCAGUAUAUCUGGCGCUGGAUGAAACACGACCAAUAUAAAGCCCGCUUGUCGAUUAUCCACGCGGGCGUUACUCUCUGGCAUGUCCGCCGCUACUCUACAAAUGCAUUCCAUGAACCCCUCGCGGCGUAUAUUGCCGUCUUAACCCUGUGGGCGUAUGGUUCUUGUCAUGCACAUACAUCCCAUGAGUCGAGUCCGCAUUCGCAGGCCCCGCGUGCCGAGCCGCUUCACGAGCCUAGUUUUAUUCAUCUUGAUCGGCCGUGUGAUGAUGAGCUUGUGCAGCUGUUUGUGAGGGAGGGCCAUGCUAUGAGGGGGAAUGUUACUGGUGUUGGGGAUAUCUGUGGGGUUGGGGGCCCUGAGCGGGUUCUGCGCGUUGGAUGUGAGAUUCUUUCUGGGUUGACGGCUUGGAGUGUUUCGAAGAAGUUUGUGGCUAUUUUGACGAGGCUCGCCGAUUUGGGUUAUUAUCAUUCUUCUUGGGAGCAGGGUCGUCGUCAUGAGGCUGAGCAUGUUUGA